AUGCGAUGGCCCCCGCCGCGUGUUCUGGGCAAAGAACCUCAGGAGAGAAAGAGAGACGGCGAAAGAGAUUUCCGCGGAGGUCGAGAAAACGGACAGUCGCCUUCUUCUCUUCCUUCUCGUCAUUCUCCGCGUGCGUCUCAGGACUCUUUCCUCGGUGUCUCCGCAGCGUUUCGCGGAGAGGCCUCCCGGCCGUGGAGUCACCGGGAACGGAGGGCGGUGGAGAGCGAAGGAGACUUCGCGGAGAAGAGCGAAAUACAGAGACAAGAGAAACGGGCGAAGAGCGCGAGAGAAAGGGAAUGCCUCUUAAAGCACGGGACAGAGAGAGUGAACGGGAAGGACCGAAAUGUACGAACUAUCACUUCCGCACUCUGUCGAGAGGCGAUACGCCAUGCCUCGCGGGGAGAUGCUUCGCUCUUCCUCACGACGCUCUCAGCCGCUGCGAACAAUGCAGAACGGCCCAUCGAGGUCUCGCAGACUCUGCAUGUGUUGGCGAGCGUCUUUGCGAAGAAAGGGAAGAGAAACUUUUCUCUUUCCUUCCCGUCCACGGCGCCUCCCUCUGACCAGUCCACUGUCGCCCCCGGGGUCCGCAUUGGGGCAGAGUCUGUCGACCGUCCCUCAAGUUGGGGCGCACAGGAUGCGAGGCGAAGAGAAGAAAGAAACAAAGACGAAGUCGCGCUCCCUGAGGAAGUUGAACAGAUUCUCCGUCUGUUGGCCGAGAAAGCAACACAUCGGUUAGAGCUGAUGGAACCAAAGUCCAUCUGCAUCGUCGCGUCCUCCUUCACGUUGCUGAGGCGCUUUCCUCCGCGGGAUCUCGCCGUCGGCCUGUUGAAGACGUUUCCGACUUUUCUUCCCUUCACUGCGAAUGGUUAUGACCUGACGUGCGCGGCCUCUUUCCUGGCGACGUUUCCGCGUCAAAUCUGUGCAACGAUCGAUGAAGUGAAUAUCCGCCGGGCGUCUUUGCUGUCUCUCCCCUCUCGCGACUCCUCCGUUUCUUCACCGGCUUCUGCCUCGUCUUCCUCCGCCUCAGUGUCUCACGCUGCACUGUCUCCGGACCACCCGCCCGUUGCCGCUUCCCUUCUUCCUCCCUAUCCUGCUCUCUGGCAAGACAUUCUGAUUCGCCUGCCUCACGAACUCGCGUCUCUCUCUCCCAUUGCGGUUGCAGGCGUUUUGCAUGCAUCCGCCGCUCUGUCGCUCAGCCUGUCGGCAUCUGCCUCUUCGUCUCUCGCGUCCAAGGAAGAGACACACUUCUCCUGGGUUUCAGCUCUUGACAGGCAGCGAGUUCUUCAUAGAGACCUCGUUCUCUCCCUCAAACAAGGCAACUCUCUCUCUCUUUCUUCUCUCUCUUCUCCGUCUUCUCUGUCUUCUCCGCCUUCUGCCUCUGUCCUUCCUCAGUCGUCGUCUCUCUCCUUUCACCCUACGCAAGAAGGGGACAAUGCCUCCCAUGAAGGCCUUGCAUGCCCGGGAGAUUCUCUUUCGCUUCACUGGAGGAUCCUGGAGAACCAGAACCAGAUUCUCCGUUUCCAGAGAGCGGAGGUUUCCAGUUCGCUUUGGCCCGAAGCUCCAGAAGAAGCUGCGACUCCGGCAGCCGCUUUCGCGUUUUCGUCUCCCUCUCUCGCUUCUUCAGUGUCUUCUGUCCCUUUGCCCUCUUCGCGGGGCCUUGCGGCGCCGUGGCUCAUCGAGGUUUUGAGGCUCCUGCAGAUCCAGCUUCUGCGCCGCGUUCCGCAGGUUCUCGGAGUGGCCAAGCCUCAGCAAAUCUCCAACAUUGCUCACGAUCUCCAGUGUCUGGGCUUUCUCUCGCCAGCCAGCGGGCCGCGCGGGCGGCAUGCGCCCUCUUCUUCGGCUGCGGAGCCCGCGGGGGUUGACGCGCCGCAGGCGCCCUCGGGGCUGAAACUUUUUGACCAGCUUCUGGACGCCGCUACGGCGAAUCUCGCGGAUUUCUCCUGUCGCGACUUCGCCGUUUUCCUCUCCGCUGUAAGUCGGGUCGUCGAGGCUCUGAAGGGCGUCCAAGACGAGAUGCUCGCCUUGCCGGGAAGCCCGAGCUUCGAUGUCUCCCCUGGCGCCAGCCAUGGGGCCUCGCAAGGCUCUGAUCGAGACCGACACGAAGAGCGGGAAGCUGCACAAACGGCCUCGCUCACGCUUGCGUUGCGGCGUCUCGACGGAUCCGGAGUCCUCGGGACUUCCCUUCUUUCGGUGCUUCCUCGCGCGAGUGCGAAAGAUCUCCGCGCGCUCAUCUCGGCUCUGCCGCGCAUCUGGAACUUCCGAGACAGAUCGCUCGCGCUCCACCUCAAGCUUUCUUCUCUCGCACCGCUUGGGCCUUCCCCCGAGGUGGGAGCGGCGCCUGUCCGGAGUGCAAAAGACAGUCACGCGCGGGAGAAAAAAGGCAGAGGAGGCGCGGAGGGUGCCCUCGACGCCGGGAGGGUCGGCGAGAGCCUGACGAGUCGCCAGCGGCAGCAGGAGCUCGCCCUGCUCUACAGUCUCCUCCAAAGGCUCCAUGUGGGGCGGCAGAUCCGGGAUUUGGAGCCCAAAGAGCUCGCCGGCCUCGCCCUCGACGUCGUCCGCCUAAGGCCCCUCUCGGAGGCACCCGGCGCGACCGCGGCCGGCGCCAAACAGCGCCUCGUCGAGGAAACACUCUCCGCGAUCUGUCGAGCCGUCCAGGACCGUCUCGCCGCCUUCUACCGCGUCGACGUCCAAGCAGAAGGGAGACUGACAGCAAGACGCGCGACAAGAGAACGAAACAGCCGAGACGAGAGCGGAGACAUCUGGAGAGAACUGAGAGAAGCAGAAAUCUCCGAAACAGACAGCCCCUGUCUUGGUGCUCAGGCUUCUUCGAGCCCUGACUCGACUCCGGCUGUCCCGUUGCUCUCGUGGGAGAGGCUCGAGUCUUCGUCUUCCGGAGCGUCUCUCUCCCCUGCCUCUUCUCUGGCGUCUCCCUCUCUCGCGUCUCUCUCUUCGGAUCUCCUCUGCUGGAUCCUUCUCCGCUCUCUCCAGCAACUCCCCGCAUUCGAAGUCCGGGACAUUCUGGCCCUCGUUGAAACCGUGUCUCUUCUGGGCACGCCUCCCCAGUCGCCGCGCGUUUCUUCUCCUGCUGCUCCGCCGAGCCUUCACCCCCGCCUCGCGAUGGCCCGUGAAGAGUGCGAAAUGGGAGGGCCAGACGGCGAGAACCAUCUGCAUGCAGAGGUCGCCCCGCAGCGUCUCUCGCGAGAGUUCCUCCAGGCGGCUCUGGUGGCGUCUCUUCUCCAGGCGACCGCGGAGCGGCUGGGGCUUCUGGGCGAGAAGGCUGACCGGCCAAAUAGGACCGGCACUGUCUCUUCUCUGCCUCCCAUUUUUCCACUUCCACGCUGUGGCGAAGAGAGCCAAGCAAGCAAGGGCGACGGCGACCUCGCCACAGACACUCGCAACUUUUCACAAGGCCGUCUGCGGACCAGCGGAGCCUGGACACCGGCGCAUGUCUCUCUUCUUCUUUCGUCCUUUGCGCGCUUCGCGGCCUCGCCUGCGGUCCCCUUCGACCCGCCGCCUUCGCUCUUUCGCCCGCUGCUGCUUCACUUUCUUCUUCUUCUUCCCUCGUACAGUCUGUGUGAUCUCCUGCGCUCUCUCUCCAGUCUCGUCCUGUAUCGACCGUGCUUCGUCGUCGCUCUGGACAUUGCGGCAGCGCAUCUGGGGCGCGCCUCGCCACCCGGCGAAGAUCCCUUUUCUCUCGCGUUUCCGAGCGCAUCUCUUUUUCUCUCCACGCGGCCACGCCUGCUUCCCAGCGCACUGUCUCCCGCGGAAGAGCCCCUCGACGCAACGCGUCAGGAAGUCCUCCUGGGCGAGUUGUGGCGCCACGUGAGGUGGAAACUGCCGCGACACGCGCUGUCGGCUGCGCAGCUUGUCGACCUGAGCGAAGCAUUCCUUUUUCUGGAGAAGGAGUUGGAGCGUGAGGGAACCGGCGGUCUGCGGCCUCUUCCGGGUCCGCUUUCUGUUUCGCGACGAAACGGAGACCUCGACGGAGACGCCGACGCGACGGCGAGCAGCAGAGAGCGGCGAGGGACAAAGAAAGCUCGUCUGCAGCAACGCCUGAAUCCCGCAGCGUGGCGGAAAUUUGUGCGACUUGGAGACGCGAUUCACGACCGGUUCGCAGCUGUGAAAGUCCAAGAAGGCGAAGAAGGAAGCGGAGAACGAGGAGAAAGCGAGCCGGUACAGGGAGAGCAAGAGAAGACGCAGGGAAGCGGACGCACUGGGGUUCGGGUUUCGCAGUUGCGAGAAACCGAUGAGGCGGCCUCGGAGACGCGAGAGAAGGCCGAAAAAGGCCCUGACGCGAAAGACGGAGAAGCGAAGGAAACGGACGAGGCGACCCGACCAGGCGACAGUGCGCACAGGCUGGAGAGGCGGAAGCGCGCGGGCAGAGAGGAGAAUCGCCGAGCGCGAGGAACGGACGAGGAGACGACGGAGCUCUGGUGCCGCAUCUUCCACGUCUGGGGACAAGCCGGGUGCAGAGAUAUGCCGUUUCUCGCCUUUGCCGCUUCCCGGCUCAGACGAAAUCUCGCGCGGCUGAGACUGGAAAGGGAGGCGGGCGAGCGGGCGCCCCCGCGCAGCGAAGGCGCAGAGCGGAAACGGCCAGAGGAGACCGGCUUUCCAGACCCUCUAGCGGCCGGAGAGUUGAGAGGAGACGAAGACGUGAGUGCAGGAUCAGACGAGAAGCCCGACGACCGCGCGCGAGUCAGUGCUACGCCCCACAGAGAAGAAGCGCGAGAAGCACGAAUGCGCCGACACGCAAACAGAGACAGGGGAGAAAUGGAAGCCUCGGUGACCGGACGAAUCGCGCUUCUCGUGGAUGCUGCGUUCGGCCUCGCUCGCCUCGGCUGUACGACGACAGAGGCGCAUCCGCAGCUGCGGGCCGUGGCGAACGACACGCUGGGGGCGAUUUUUGAGGAGGUUUUCUUCUUGCUUCGCCCGCGAAUCCCGGGACGCCCUGUGGAGCGAGACGCAACUUCGCAGCCGACGCCGACCGAAACGAGGGGACCGACGAAAGCGGAGACACCUGCCUUCUUCGAAACCAGCGAACGUCUCUUCUCUCCGUCCGCUUCCCCUCCCCGUUCUCCUGCCUCAUCCGAACAGUCUUCUUCCUCCUCGGUCUGCGCCUCUCCUCUCUCUGAGGGCGCUGUGUCCUCGCGGCUGUCGUUUGAUCGCGCGCUUCGCCUGCUGGCUGCUUUCCUUCUAUGGGAACCGCCUGCUCUGGGCCGCGAUGUCGCCCUCGACUUUUUGGCGCUUUUCUGUGAAUUCCCUCAGCUGAGUUGCGUCUUCGAGAUGCCGAAGGACUGCAGACGAGGCUUGCAAGCGCGAAAGAGAAGCGAAGGGAAGGGAGGAGCGGCGCGAAAGGCAAGAGCGGGCGGCAAGUCCGGCGACGGCGCGAGACAGCUGAGAGAGAUUCGCCAAACGCCCUCGCAGAGCACAGCCAACUUGCAGAGCACAGCCAACCUGCUGCGCUUGUUCGCUGCGCGGUGUGUGUUCCACUACGGUCUGACUGCGGACUCUGUUCUACGAUGGAGCGCAGCCCGGGGUGGGCUGGUGGCCGAGAACGCUGCCGGUGAAGGCCCGGAAGAAAGGCGCGUCGCGAGCCUCGGCGAAGGACGCAGAGACAGGGAAGAAAUUCUGGAGACACGGCGCAAGCUAGACGUGGCUGAGGUGUAUAUACAGCUGUUGAGGUCGCUGAUGCCGUCUGAAGAACGAGGGAACCGCAGAGCGAGGGAAACGGCGAACGCGACUGAGUGGGAGGAGGACCAGCACGACGCGGAGUGCGGAAUUUUGGCAGAGCGGGAUUCGCGAAGCACGCAGGGGAUCUGCAAAGGGGAUCCGGCCCCGGUUUCGAAUGGCGCCUCCGCGACUUCUAGGCGGAUCGAAAUCGACUGUCUCCUUGGACGUCUCCGCCGCCGAUUCGCCGUUCAGGCGCCUGCGGCCUACGCCAGCGAGGCAGCGAGAGGCAGCCUCCCGGAACCUGAAGCCCGAGAGAAGCGAGGAGACUUCCUCGGUCAAAAUCCACGAGCGGGAGAGACAGGCGCGCCUCACUGGCUCUUCGCCGCCGACUGCGGCGCGUCUCCGCGAAGACACGACGGUGUCUUCCAGGCGCUCGGAGACCAGAGGGAGCUCAGAGGGAGAGAUGACGCAGAAGAGACUGCCGAGGGGGUUUCGUCGCAACGGGAGGAAGGACGCGUCGACGCAGGGGCAAACGCAGCGAACACGGAAACAUGCGGGGACGGAAGCGGACGCUUUGCGCUCUUCGCCUUUGACGAGCGCGCGGCUGUCUUCGACGACACAGCGAGCGACGACGAAGAGACACUCACGUUGUCACCCUCUUCUCAGGAUUUUUCUCCUCUUGCGCAAGACGCGCAUGCGCCUGACGCACGUUGGAGCCCCCAAACGAAGGCUGGUGCGACGCAGAGAGUGCAUGCUUCAACAAAUGGCGAGCGCUGGCCGCGCUCGGCCUCGUCUUUGGGCGGGCGAGGCUCGGGUUCCUUUUCGGGCUCUCAAAGAGUGGAGGGAUUGUCUGCGAACGCGGUUUCAGCCUUGACGGAAAUCGAGCGAGACGUUCUGAGAAACCUCCAGAAACUGUCAUCGCACCUUUUGUCGCCGGCCCACCGAUUCCACCUGCAAACCGCAGUCUACGCGCCUCCCUACACGCUUCCCCUCGUCGACGCGACGCAUCGAAUAGCCUUCGAGGUUGGCGCUUCCGAACAUUUCUUCCGAGACCCGGAAGGAGCGGAAAUCGAACUGACUGCCUGGACGUCGCUGCGUCGUCGCCUCCUUCAAGCCCAAGGGUGGCGUGUCGUUGCGGUCCCUCAUUUUGAGUGGACGGCCCUCCCAGACCGUUUGGCGCGUCUUCGUUAUCUCCAGCGGCAAUUGCUGAAAGCCGUACUCUCUCGCGGCCUUCCUUCCCUCUCCUCUUCUGUGUCCACUUUCGCUGAUUCCUCCCGUGCUGUGUCUUCCUCUGCCCCCGACGCUGCAUCCUCGUCGCCUCUACUCCCUUCUCCUCCUUCUCCGUCUUCCUCCUCUUCUUCUUCUCCUUCUUCUCCUUCCUCCUCUUCUUCUUCUCCUUCUUCCUCCUCUUCUCCUUCUCCUUCUUCUCCUUCUUCUUCUUCUCUCGCGUUCGCCGCAGAGGGGGCGUCGCUGUCAGCAGAAGCCGAUGGCGGCGCCACGCGACUCACCCGCGAGUCGUGGGAUUUUUUCGAGGGCGCACAGAAGAGACAGUGGCGAGAGACCGGGCGCGAACACCCGAGCCGCGAGGGCGAGCACGAUCUCGCCGAGGCACGGGAAACCCUUUUCGCGAAGCUCGGAAGGAAGCGCGUGGACCGAGGAGAUACGCGCCCGCGCUGCCCCGCCGGAAAACCCUGA